UUUAAAUAAAGUUGGUUGUGUUUACACAGUCAGUUGAACAUGGCUUCCCUAGCAACCAACCGUUGCCCCGAUAAACGUUUCUCGCAGGGGGAGGGAGACAGUGUCCAGCAGCCGUGCACAUCAUCCUCCCCAGUCUGCAGUGAGGAUCAGAGGCAGACCACACAGAAAGCUGCACAGUUUGUCAGGGAAGCUGAGAGGACCAGGAGGCAGAUUGAAAAGUUGGAGAAAGAGAGGACACUGAGUGUUCAGUGCAGAAAGAAUGGCUGGACAGAUGUGUCUGGAGAACUGGAGGAGUACGAGAGAGUGCUGGAGGAAGAAAGAAAAGCUGAGAAGACAAAUCUUCAAAAGCAGCUAGCGAAGAUUCAUGAUGGAGUGAGGAAAUUUCAGAGACAGCUGAUAGACGUUAAACCAACUCCUGAGUUGAUUGAAAGACUGAAGGAAAUCAUGUCAGAGGUGGAAAUUUCAAUCAACACCCUGAAAGAGGAGGAGCGCUCAUGCUUUGAGGAUCUUUUGAAGGAGGAGAGGACUUGUAGACAGGAGAUCACUGCUUAUGAGAAAAAGAUUGAAAACUGGAGCCUUGCUGUCAAAUCAGGCGCCAAACUACCCACAGCUCCCACUGUGAAGACCAAACCACUGGACAGAGAUCUCCCUGCAGAGGUCAGAGCACUGGAAUCUUUCCUUCAGAAGACAGGAGGCCCUCAUGGUGGCUGGGACCAGUAUGACCACCAAGCCUUCCUCAAGGUCUGGACGAAGCACAGUGGGCAACCAGCCUACAGGAAAGAGGCCAAACUGUACUUGCCUGGUAAAACACUGGAGGAGAUUGAGCAACAUGAGGACUGGCACCAGGAGCUGAUCUAUUUACAGGACAGGAAGAGAGAGGCUAUCCGGAGGUGGAAGGCCAGCAAGCAACAGGCCCGCCAAACCAGGAUACAGAGCCAGGAGGAGGUGGAGGAAGCAGAUAGGAGGGUGAAAGAAGCCAAGAUCCAGGCUGAGCAACACAAGGCUGAGGAGGAGAGGAGGGAGGCGGCACGGCGACUGGAGGAGUGGAGGGAAGAGAAGAGAAGGAAAGAGGAACAGGAAGAAGAGCAGAGACUUGCUGAGGAGAUACAAAAGAGGAGACGGGCAAAGGAGGAGCGUCGUCGUCAGCUAGAAGUGAAGCUGACCAUUGAGGAGCAGCUACGACUGAAGAGAGAAGAGGAGGAGGAACAGACGAGGAUGAGAAGAGAGGAGGAACAGAGGGAGGUGGAUGAGAGGAGAAGGGAGGCAGCGAAGGGCAUCAAACGCUUCAGUGAAAGGGAUCUUCACAAGGUGGAGGCAAAGUUUCAGGAGAAACAGCUGAAGGAAAAAGAGGAAGAAGAGAGACAUCAGAGAAUCGCUGCAAAAUUAAAGGAGAAAGUGGAUGGUCACGUCAGCAGAGACCCGUCCAGACUGACGCGUCUCACCAAGGGAUGGGAGGAGCGAAAGAAAAACAUCGGACCUUCAGGAGGAGGACCUGUGCUACAGAUGUUUCACAGAGCUGUUCCCAGUUGGAGACAAGGCCUGUGAUGAACAACAAUAGAAGCCAACUAAACAGUCCUUAAAAAAAAAACUGUUUUCUGUGUUUACAGAAAUCAGUUAAAAUGAACACUACAAUGUGGCCUCAACAACAGAUUGUGCCUUUAUUUGAAUCUACUGUGUGCUGCUGUACAAUCUAUCACUUGAACUGAUGUAAGUUUAUGGAAUUUUUCUCUUAACUCUCACAUACUGUUCAUAUUCUGACCCGUCACAAUAUUACCUUAUACUUACUCAUAAAUACCUCAUCAGUCACAGAUAAAUGAGUGAUUUAUCCUUCAUGAAGCUUUCAGAGAGCAGAGAGAGUUCUUACACUUUUUGUUAAUGUGAUUGUAAAUUGUAGAUUGUGAUGUUACUUAAAACAGGAGAACAAAACAAUUUCAAUGAAUUACAUUAAAUGUGAAGAAUGCAACAAUA